AUGUCCGACGACGACGCUUUGAGAGAAGAAUACCUCGCCUUCGGCGACGAACUCGGCUUCCUCCCCAAACUCCACGGCCCCUCCUACGAGGACCUCGUCGCCCAGGACACCGAGAAUACCAUGGCCCUACUAGCGAAAUACACUUUCCCUGGUCCGGACGCCUCGGUCGAGAGGUCGGAGCAUAAGACUUCUUCUGGUAUUCGGUUGAAGGCUUAUAGACCUGAUACGCUAAAGCCAGGCCAGCCGCUGGUGUAUUAUAUCCAUGGUGGCGGGUUUGCGAUGGGUUCCGUGGAUCUGGACGAUCGGUUUUGCGAUUUAUUAUCCAAAGCUACUGGUUGUAUCUUCGUCUCGGUAGAGUACCGACUCGCGCCGGCGUUCAAGCAUCCAGUGCCGUUGGAUGAUUGCGUGGAGGGGGCGAAGUGGUGUGUAGAGAACGCUGCUUCGCUUGGGGCAAAGGCUGGUGGGAUUGUGAUUGCUGGGAAGAGCGCAGGAGGGGGGUUGGUGUUUGGGACGGCGCUGAGGUUGGUGGAUGAGGGGAGGGGAGGGGAUGUGGCGGGCUUGGUGCCUUGUCAGCCGUUGACGGUGCAUCCGGAUGCGGUGCCCGAGGAGGAUAGGGGGAGGUAUGGGAGUUAUGACGAGAAUGAACUCCACGCAGCACCCCUAGACGACCCCUACAUCUGGCCCCUUCAACACAAGAACCUCGCAGCCCUCCCAAAGACAUACAUGAACGGCUGUGGUGCAGAUACAUUACGAGACGAUGCACGCCUGAUGAAGGAUCUGCUGGAUUUGAACGGUGUACCGAACCAAUACGAGGAGUACGAGAAGCUUCCUCAUUACUUUUUCGUUUUUCCGUCGUCGCACUUGGACAAGCUGCGGGAUGAGUACUUUGAUAAGACGGCGAAGGGGAUUCUGUGGGUCAUGGAGGAGUGA